UGCUGGAACUGUUUGGAGUUUGCGUUGAAACGAGAACGCAGAGGGCUAGGGAGCUGUGCUCAGCCUCACAUCCUUCACGGCCACCUUUAAAAAAGAGAGAGAAAACAAACACGCUCCGGCCCGAUAAGUUGUAAUGAAACACACUUUAAAGUUUGCUCGGAAGCCGUGGGAGUUGACGUAAAAGUGACUUUUUGAAACUGGAGCUGCUUCCUCCUUCGACAACGGGGUGAAAUAUCUCAACAUCCUCACAAAGAAACUUUGCUUGCUAGGCUGCUAACUCGCCACACAAGCCAGCAGCAAGGAGACCAAAAAAAGUUUGCGCAGCUGCGAAGACGAGAACACAAGCUCGUAUUGACGUUUUACUUGUCGAGUUAUAGUGUUAUGUGCUCGGACAUGGUCUCUGAAUGACUCGCCUUGAGUUUUGUAACGGUUUUUCUUCGAGUAGUCAUCACCAGCACCAGAGGAGAAAGAGCCGCAGCUGGUUAACUUUAGCCAGCCACCACCAUCACCAGAGCGCCCCCACAUCUCUACCAGGCAGGACAGCCACAGCUAAUAACAGUCAUUUAGAGUUAAGUGGACCCAGAUUUGACACUGUAAAGAUGUCCGGUCGAAGUGGAGCUGGACACACGAGGGGUGCUGCUUUGGGUCCACAGCCGCUGAAGGCAACUGUCCCUUAUCAGCUGGCCAGCAAACCGAGACCCAGCAGGAUAGAUGGGAAGCCAGCUAGAAAGGCCAGAUCCCACCAGCUGAGCCCGGGCAUGAGGCGGACGAUGUCUCUGGACGCCAUCAUCGGGCCGUACCUGCAAGGACACUGGCCCAAAGAACCAGAAGGCCCGAGCUGUGUGCCCCGCCAGGACAAAUCCACCCAGACCCCAGACUCAUGGUCCGAUAGAUCCCACAGCCGGCGAGGAAGCAGCAGCCACAAGCGAUCAGCAUCAUGGGGCAGCGCUGAGCAUCUGCGAGAGAUCGCUAAACUAAAACAACAACUGCAGCAGUGCAGCAAACCUGCAGUCUCGGGGGCACAUGACAAAGACCGUCAGCGGGGCUAUCCUCAGGGGGGCCGUAGCCUUGGAGCUGCUCAGACUCAGCCUAUUCCCAUCCCCCCUGCUCCCCUGGCUACACUGGUCCCUCCCCUGCGCUGCAGCGUGGAGGGCCUCAACCAGGAGCUGGAAGGCAUGUUCAUCAGCCAGUCACUACAUCCAUUACAGAGGCUGCUCGAGGUUCCAGAUGGCCAUCGGGCUCCGGUGCCUCUGCAGAGCUGCAGCAGUGGAUCUCAGAGCGACCCCCCCACCACGCCCCCGCCAUCGUCAUCCUCCACCUCCUCCUCACCCUGCUCCUCUCCCAACUACAUCUGCACCUCUCAGCCCAACUCAGAUGCUCCUCCAGACCUGCACCAAGGCUCAACAGACAUUGGGCUUCUGUCUCCGUUCUCCUCCCAGAAUGAGGCUGACCUUUCUUCUCUCCUGAACGCCUCAUCUCCCGGGCCCAACAAAAGCUGCUGCUUCCAGAGAAAACCUCCAGAGGGCUGUGAAAGGGUGAGAGUGUGGGAGGAGAUCAGCUCUCCACAGAAACCCACGAUGGCCCUCAUCUCCUCCUGCCCUGACCCCAACAAGGUAAACUUCACCCCCUAUGGGGGUUCAGCCUUUUGCCCAGUCAGCCUCCCUAAGCCCCUGCUCCCCUCCAUGGACAUGUUUUUCAGAAGCUUUGGCUCUCCAGCAAGCAACUGCUUGAACCAGGGAACCAGCUCCUGUCAGAUGGUCUCCUCUAACACCUGGGCUGUUCGUCCAGAUCCUCCUGCAGCCACCACUGUGAUGGGAGAUAGUUCUGGAGAGGGGCUAGCUUUAUAAAAACGGCUCCAGGUAGUUUAUUUGGAAAUGAACAGAGUGGUCUGGGACAGAUGUCUAGAUUUCUUUUUCUUUUCUUUUCUUUUUUUUUUUUUAAUCUUAGCUCAUUCUUUUGCCACACAGGUACAAACAAAUAACAUUGUUGCCCUUUUCAGCCAUGCGAUGGCAUCACUAAUGUUCAUUCAAUGGUCAUCUAGACUUGUGCACCCCUGCAAAAGACUUGAAUUUAUAUUUCCAGCAUCGACUCUAGUUGAGAGCAAUCAUAGUUUUAAAGGCUUAAAUCUUGCACAACCACAAAUGGGUCAUCUGUUUGUGCUGCUGGAGCUUCCCCUACAACACAACACUGCUACAGAGAGCUGCUUUUGAAUUAGGCAUAGCAAAAAAUGCUUAUGGGAGGAAUAAUUUAGUGUUUAUACAAACUAGUAACAGAUAAAGUGCUGUUUAUGUGCUGCUUGUUGUUAUCUAGGAUGCUCUGUAGUGAGCUGAUCAGCAAAAAAAAUUAAUAAAUGCAUGCGAGCCAUUGUAAUCAGGUAUUCACUCGUCAUGUUGAAAGUGAUGGAUAAUUGUUAGCAAAUCUGAGACUUUGAGAUGCAGCGAGAUUAAAGGAAACCACUGGAUGUCUGAAAAGGGCUUGAUGUUGAAGGUUAUUGAGAAAAUGAGUCACAAUGCAAAGGAGAGUGCUCUCUGAGUUUCCUUAAUUGCAACACUUCUAAACUAAACAAAUUUAGUUCUGUUAUUACCCAAAGAUAUUUACAUUUGUCUUAGCCAAAAAUAAUUGAGACACUGUGCUGUCUUACAGCAGCACUGCUCACUUAUUUUUCUCUAAACUUUCACUUGAUUUGUUUGACUGACUGCUCACUUCCUGCACAGUUAUUUCCUCAAAGACGCCACAACAGUAACUUUGUUGAUACUGUUCCUUAUUUUUGAACUGCAUCUGUUUAAUUAUUUUUUUCAUCUUAUCAAAGAUAUUUAUCUGCUGUUCACUUAUUUCCUUGCACCAGUCACUAGUGUACGAAGCGUGACAAAUCAGUGGGUACUUUGUUUUUACCUGAUUUAAAGGACAACAUGAAAUGACAUUUUGAUUGUUGUAAAGGGAAUUUUGUAGAUGUAGAAGUUCAGGUAGCAUCAGCACCUAAUGGCUUCAGCACAUGCAUUCUUGCUUUACGAGUAGUACUUUCUUUCUUUUUUAAAAUGUCUUGUUUACUUGCAAAAAAGGGUUGCAUGUUGUUUAUUGACGUUCUAGAUCUGUGCCCGAUGGUACGUUUUAGUUUUGAGGUUUCACAGCCUAGUUGACUACCUAACCAGUUUUAGUGGUAUAGACUUGUCGUCCUCAGUUUCUCUGAUCAUUUUGUUCUGCCAAGCUGACAAGUUAACGAUCAUAUAGUUUUAUUUUCUCGCAGACAUGUUUGCACAAGUUGAACUACUACUUUUGAGUCGCAAUUCUUAUUUUUAUACUCACUUUUGUACUUUGUUGUAUAUGUAUGUGUAGAGAUGUCUGUUUUUUUACCCUUUUUUCCCAAAUACCUGCUACAUAAGCUAAAAAGGAAAAAAAAGACCCUUGUCAUUUUUAGUUUUGUUCUGUCAGGCAAAUGUCACAUGUAUCGGGUGGAUUUUUAUGCACUUCCAGCAGAGGGUGUUACAGAGGAGGUUUCCUCCAUAAUUUAGCCUCUGAUAGUUCUGUUUGCAUGUGAACUGAAAGUUGACUAUUUUGAUCUUUUGACUAACAUCUCCUAGUUUAAGCAUCUUGAUGAAAUGCUGAUGGACUGAAAUCUUCUUAUUCCAAAUAAUCAAAGAUUUUCUUUUUCUUUCCCCUGUUGUGGAUACUGGGAAUGUGUUAUCUCAGGUUCUGUGUUUUGUCUACAUAAAUACAUGAUGCUA